GGGGGCGCGGGGCGGGGGGCUAUUUGGCCGGCCGGGUGGGGAAGUGCGCGGUCGUUGCCUGUCUCCGGGCGGGGGUGUCGGACCGGCUCGCGGCAUGGGAGACCAAGCGCUCAGCUUCGUCAAGGACUUUCUGGCCGGCGGGAUUGCCGCCGCCGUCUCCAAGACGGCUGUCGCCCCCAUCGAGAGAGUGAAGUUGCUGCUGCAGGUCCAGCAUGCCAGCAAACAGAUCACGGCCGAUAAGCAGUACAAGGGCAUCGUGGACUGCAUAGUCCGCAUCCCCAAGGAGCAAGGCAUCGCCUCCUUCUGGAGAGGCAACCUGGCCAAUGUCAUCCGGUACUUCCCCACCCAGGCCCUCAACUUCGCCUUCAAGGACAAGUACAAGCAGAUUUUCCUGGGCGGAGUGGACAGGCACAAGCAGUUCUGGCGCUACUUCGCAGGGAACCUCGCAUCUGGGGGUGCCGCGGGAGCCACCUCCCUCUGCUUCGUCUACCCGCUGGAUUUCGCCAGGACCCGGCUGGCGGCUGAUGUGGGCAAAGGAGCCGCAGAGAGGGAGUUCUCUGGGCUGGGCGACUGCAUUGUGAAGAUCUUUAAGUCUGAUGGCUUGAGGGGCCUGUAUCAAGGAUUUAGCGUGUCUGUCCAGGGCAUCAUCAUCUACAGAGCAGCCUAUUUUGGGGUGUACGACACGGCCAAGGGUAUGUUGCCUGAUCCAAAGAAUGUGCAUAUCGUAGUGAGCUGGAUGAUUGCCCAGAGUGUCACUGCAGUGGCAGGGCUGGUUUCUUACCCUUUUGAUACUGUGAGACGUAGGAUGAUGAUGCAGUCUGGCCGAAAGGGAGCUGAUAUUAUGUAUAAGGGCACAAUUGAUUGCUGGAGGAAGAUAGCUAAAGAUGAAGGAUCCAAAGCGUUCUUCAAAGGUGCCUGGUCGAAUGUGUUGAGAGGCAUGGGCGGAGCUUUUGUAUUAGUACUUUAUGAUGAAAUCAAGAAGUACGUCUAAAACUGAACAUCAUAAUGUAGAAGUUCAAUUGUUCUCAAUCAACUUUUUAAAAAAUAUUCUCUUGUGAUGCAAUGGACAACAAAAUAUUUCCUAGGGAAACAGAAUAAAAUUUGAGUAACGUAUCUGGCAGAGAUGAUGACGCGAUUCUUUAAAACUUGUCCACUACAUCACAGCUACAUUUUGUAUGAGAAUUUCUCCAGCAUUUGUAUUGGAACCUGUGUAUAUAUUAUACUUCAAAUUGCAGGUAAUAGAUUUUGUCUAGAGACAAGACUUGGGUGGUCUAUAUCUAGUCUAAAAUCUAAUAUUGUGAAUUCUUAAUAGAUUGCUUAAUACCAUAAAUAUUUAUGACAAUGUCUCUAGCUACUCAACAGUGUGAUGGCAUUUAUAACAUGAAUUAAAAUCAUGUUUUCUUCUAAAGCUCUAUUUUUUAAUGAUAUCAAGUGAAAAUAUCUGAAACCAUAAACUAUAUUGAAGCAGCAGGCUGAGUUCCUAACUGCAGCCUCUUCACUGACAAAUUACACAUUUAUAUGGUUGAAACCAUAAUCUGAUUUUUCAAAAAUUCUUUGUAGAAUAUGGAAAUAAAGUGUUUCAAAAGUUCCCUGUAUUGUCACAAAGGAAAAAGUUGUCUGCUCUGAGGUUCAAUUGAACUUACACUGAAAUGAAAUAAAUUAAUAUAUUAAUGAA